AACAUAUUUUUGCACUCGAACAAAACGCAUGCGCAUCGAGCAGAGCAAUUUGUCCGUUGCAGACCAGCGCAGACGGAUGUGAUCGAGGCAAGAAUCACCUGUAUUCUGGCAUUCAUGGUGACACCCAUGGGGUCCGAGCGGGUGGAGAUGCGCAAGAGACAGAUGCAGGUGCAUCAGGAAGCUGCUGCCAGUGUUCUCCAAACGCAGCACGGGAUGGGGAACACGCCCACCAACGCCUCCAAUGCCUGUUGCUUCUGCUGGUGUUGUUGCUGCAGCUGCUCCUGUCUGACUGUUAGGGCGGAGGAUGAGAGGAUUAAAAAAAACACCUAUGAGAGGAGAGCAGAGGAAAUCGCAAACUGUGAUGACAGCCCCAAGCCUAUUCUGGAGGAUGCGAUGACAUGGACCAUGUCAUUUGAGAGGCUGAUGAAGAGCUCUGCAGGGCGGGGCUGCUUCCGCCAGUUCCUGAGGACAGAGUUCAGUGAAGAGAACAUGAUGUUCUGGUUGGCCUGCGAGGAGCUGAAGAAGGAGACCAACAAAACUGUGGUGGAGGAUAAAGUACGACAGAUCUACAAGGACUUCAUCUCCAUCCUCUCCCCUAAAGAGGUGAGUUUGGACUCGCGUGUUCGAGACGUGAUUAACAAGAACAUGUUGGAGCCCACGUCGCACACGUUCGAAGACGCCCAGCAGCAGAUCUACACGUUAAUGCAGAGAGACUCAUACCCACGCUACAUGAACUCCACAGCGUACGCAGAGCUGCUGCAGGACCUGGCCGAACAGCCACCUGCCACAGAGCCAUAGACUCUCACUCACCAUCAAUCACUCUGCACUGCUUUUAGAGGACACUUGUCUUAUCCAAAGGGGGUUUUAGGUUUAGCUUUCAGUUACAGUUCAAAUGUUGAUUGAUCAACAGGUUAAUAAGCUGUAUUUGCCAAACAGUAUUUAUUAAGGUGUAAACUACUGUUUAUAUUACCUUGAAUAUUGACUUUCCAAAAUACUCAGAGCAAGCAAGAACAUACGCUAGAUUCAGUUCCCGAUUGCAUAUAUAUAUAUAUAUUUAUAUUUUUAUAUAUUCCCUAGCGCUUGGCAUUGCACUUUUCUGAGGGGGAAGCAUGUUGUAUCAGUGAGCACUGCAUUCGUGUGUAGGUCUAUUGUCAGCCUUAAAGCAUAAAAUUAGGUUUGACUUAUUGUUAAGAAGACAUGGGGAAGUGCCUUGGCAUUAGAUCAUUCACCUUCAAGAUCGUUUGAAUAAAAUAUCACAGAAAUGGUGCAACAGUUGAUCACAAUAAUAGUAACUUUUUACAUAUAGUGUAAGCUGAUACCUGGAAAUAGAUCUUGCCUGUGGAUUUUAAUAUUGUGAUGCUGAUUCAGUCCAAUUUUCUUUCUCACCCAAAACGUAAACAGGAAUAUAAUAUAUGUAUGAAAUAAAUAGAAUGUGACCAUUCA